UGGAUAAACUAAUCGCCCCGGUCGUUCCAGUACACCAUUGGCCCUUAACUGACUACAGAACUUGCUUUUUCUCAGAGCAGAGAGAGGGAUUGGGAGAGAGAGAUUCAAAUCUACAUCGAUGGAAACUCUGGCUCUAAAUGUUACAAUGAGAACUCAGAAACUAUUGAAACCCAGAACCCAUCUCCUUAAAUCUCCUCUCUUUCCCCAAAAUUCCCAUGUUUACAGAACUCUCUACUGUCAGACAGGUCUCUCUUUCACAAUCAGUUGUAAGCUCAGAAUCUCCAAAGAUAAGAGCAAUACCAUGGCGGAGAAAGUUUCGGUCGCACCAUCGCUGUCGGACGAGGGUGGCAACACCUUAGGGAGUGGCGGAGUUCCAUCGAAGCCGCGGCGGAGUACAGGCGGUGGAUUUGAGACAUUGAAGAAGUUACCCAGAAGGGUUUUGGCAAUUCUUUCUAAUCUGCCUUUGGCCAUCUCAGAGAUGUUUGCCAUUGCUGGCUUAAUGGCCUUGGGAACUGUCAUUGAACAAGGUGAGGCUCCAGAUUUCUAUUUCCAAAAAUAUUCUGAAGACAAUCCUGCCUUGGGCUUCUUUACUUGGAGAUGGGUUCUCACCCUUGGCUUCGAUCACAUGUUCUCAUCUCCAAUUUUCCUUGGAACAGUGGUUCUCUUGGGAGCAUCACUCAUGGCCUGCACAUACACAAGGCAGAUCCCCAUUGCUAAGGUAGCAAGAAGGUGGUCUUUCUUACACUCAGCUGAGGCAAUUCGCAAGCAGGAAUUCACAGACACCCUGCCCAGAGCAUCAAUUCAGGAUUUGGGUGUCAUUUUGAUGGGAGCUGGAUAUGAGGUAUACUUGAAAGGACCAUCUCUAUAUGCCUUCAGGGGGAUGGCUGGUCGGUUUGCUCCAAUUGGAGUACAUUUAGCAUUGCUGCUGAUAAUGGCCGGAGGGACUCUCAGUGCUACUGGGAGCUUUAGAGGUUCUGUGACAGUUCCACAGGGUUUAAACUUUGUUGUGGGAGAUGUAUUGGGACCAAGUGGGUUUCUUUCUACUCCUACAGAAGCUUUCGAUACUGAGGUCCAUAUCAACAGAUUUUACAUGGACUACUAUGACAGUGGAGAGGUUUCACAGUUCCACACUGAUCUUUCACUAUUUGAUCUUAAUGGGAAGGAGGUAAUGAGGAAAACGAUAAGUGUGAAUGAUCCUUUAAGGUUCGGUGGGAUCACUAUAUACCAGACAGAUUGGAGUUUCUCAGCUUUACAGGUACUCAAGGAUGGGGAAGGACCUUUCAAUUUGGCUAUGGCACCUUUAAAGCUCAAUGGAGACAAGAAGCUCUUUGGAACGUUCCUGCCUGUUGGAGAUCCUGACUCUCCUAAUAUCAAGGGAAUAUCAAUGCUAGCUCGUGAUCUGCAAUCGAUUGUCCUUUAUGAUCAAGAGGGGAAAUUUGCAGGGGUCCGGCGCCCCAACUCUGAGCUUCCAAUUGACAUUGAUGGCAUAAAAGUUGUAAUAGUAGAUGCAAUUGGAAGUAGUGGCCUUGACUUGAAGACUGACCCUGGAGUGCCAAUCGUUUAUGCUGGUUUUGGCGCUCUAAUGCUCACGACUUGCAUCAGCUUUUUAUCGUAUGCCCAGAUAUGGGCCUUACAAGAUGGAACAACAGUGGUUAUUGGAGGCAAGACUAAUCGAGCCAAGGUUGAAUUUCCGGAGGAUAUGAACCGUCUACUCGAUCGUGUCCCAGAAAUUGUGUCAUCAUCUCAAUCUAUGCCAUCUGAUAACAUUAGUGGCUAGCUUAGAGGCAUCAUGAUGGAAUACAGAGCAUUUCAACUGCUAUUUUAAAAUUUGAAAGGUGGAACCAGGAAAUUACCUUCCGGAAAAAAAAAUACCUGGAAAUCAUUCAAGUUCUUCAAUAACCAGUUCAGAAUUCAGAGAACAUCACAGGGAUCGAGAGGAUAUGAGAAUAAGCACACAGAGUUGUAUAUUAUUGAAUUUGCAAAUAGAAACCGGGAUGCCGUUUUGGUUGCACUGUUGCAAAUUGUUUCAUAGAGCAAAUUCUUGACACUUAAAGAUAGAGCAUUGGAAUGUGCAGUUGCUGGCAUUAUUUGAUACUUUAUGUCAGGUCUUUCAGUUUAUUUGUUAUGCAGAUGUAUAUUUACAGAUUAUUGUGAUGAGCUAUACAUGACAGAUUUACAGACAAUGGAAGAAUAAUAUGAAUAAACUCUACAAAUAUAGUCAAUUGUGUU